CCACUCUCUCCUUUUUCUCGCUCUCCUACUACUACUUGCUCCAGCUUCUUUCAUCUCUGAACAUUGUUUUCUCCUUCCUCCUAUAUCGUCUAGAGAGAGAAAUAUUUUUUAGAGAGAGAGAGAAAUAUUUUUUAGAGAGAGAGAGAAAAUGGUGGAUGAGUUCAUGGUGUGUGUGGAUAGGAUCAUAAUAGCAACAACAUGUUUUGGAGAGUCAGAGUCAGUCGUCAAUGGGAGAGAAAUUAGCCUUUUGACUAAUAAUGAUGUUGCAAAUUUGAGUGUUGAAAAUAAUUCAAGGGAAAUGACGAGUGGAGGGGAGGGUUGUUCAAAGGGAAGUGUAAUUAGAGAGUGUAGAAUUUGUCAAGAAGAAGAUGAAGAAAAUGAUAUGGAAGCUCCUUGUGCUUGCAAUGGCACUCUCAAGUUUGCUCAUAGGAAAUGUAUACAGAGAUGGUGCAACAAAAAAGGUGACAUAACCUGUGAAAUCUGUAAUAAGGUCUUUUCACCAAACUAUACCCUUCCACCUGCAAGAAGCAACCCUGAUGUAAUGGCAAUUGAUAUCAGGUAAGGUUGUCAGUUGUAUAAUAUUUGAUGUGUUUUCUCAAAUCUUGCAGUCACAUUUCUGUGUAAUACAUGCUUCAUUUAAAAAAAGUUCUUUUUUAGUUGUUGUGUGUAUGGCACUUUUAGUGGUUCCGGCUCAUUGAAACUUGCUGUAUAUGUUGGGACAAACUGUUUUGUAGGUUCAUCUAGUUCCGCUAUCUACACGAAUUGGUUAGUGAAUAAGGAUUAGUUGUAACCUUGCUUAAUCGGCCUCCUUAAAGGAAGAUAAGAUAUAAGAAUUUACUGUUCUGUUAAACAGAAUAUUAAUA